UUUAGGGUUUAAGGGUUGAUAUUUCUGAAGAAGCGAUCCAAUCCCAAGUUCACAAUUAGUUUUUGCAGUGAGAACAGUGCCAUUUUCAGAGCCUUCAGGCUUGCCGUCGACGUGAGGUUGAAAGGAGGAAGUCUGGUGGGUUUCAAAUAUCAGCUUGAAUUUCAAUAUCUCCAGGUGGUGGUCUGGUCUGAAGUGUAUGCCAAAAGGAGAUUUGCCUUUUGAUAGCCUGGUGGGUUGCUAUUUUUCAGAAUUCUGGGUUUUAGUGAUUAGAGCAUGUCUGCAGAGGCAAAACUAAGGUAUAAGCUCAAUAAGAAACUCAAAAUACCUGUUGAAAAUUCUAAGUUUUCCAAUAAUGGAAGAAAGAAGGCUGAUAGUACUCUCUAUGAGAGUGAGAAGGGUAAGAAGGAGAACCUUAAACUACGUGUAACUGGUAAAAAGUUUCAUGCUACUGAAGAAGGGAGUCGGGGAGUUCUUGAUAAAAGGGAAAAGUUUAAUUCUGUGAAUUCUGAUAGGAGAAGGAAGAGAAUCUAUGGUGACCAGGAUGCAGCUGGGGAGGCCAUGCGUUAUAGUAAUUCAGAGGCACCUUAUAGGAAGGCUUUAUCUAGGAAAGGACAGAACCAAGUAAAGGAUGGUUCUUUUGACAAUGAAAAAAAUGUCAGUAGAUCUAAGUUGCGUCCUCGACCUACGUGGGGUUCUAAUGGAUUGCAGAGAACUGCUUUUGGAACAAAACGUUUUUCUCCUACAAGUCCAAAAGUUUCCAACAAAACCAAAAUUAAGGAUGAUUUUGUAAAUGAAAAGAACAACAGUAGAUCUCCCUUGCAUCAUCGCUCUAUUUGGGGUUCUAAUGCAUUAGAGAAUGCAGCUUCUGAAACUAAAUGUUUUUCUUCCAAGGAUAGACGUGCAAAACAGGUUGAUAAUCAGGCUAGUGCACUGAAGAAGCAUAACAAAUUCAAGCCUGACUUGAGCAAUGGUUUGGAUCCAAGUCGUGAAAGUUCCCCGCAUAUUUCUUUUUCAAAUUCUGCCAAGAGGAAACUGCGGGACAAGAAAAUCUUGGAUGAAGAAUCACAGGUGAUAGAUGGUCAGCCAAAGAAGAGGAAGCGAAUUCGAUUAGAUCCACAUGAUAUCUCAAAUAAACGAUUUGAUGAUACCAUUGUUAUUAACGAAAGCACAAAGGAGAAGGAAAAAGAUGAGGAGGAAAAAGCUGAAAUAUCAAAAAAUGCACAAUUUCGUGCAAUACAACCAAGUCCCUCAAUCCUCAAAUAUGUGGAAGAUAAUUUGUUGGGUCGUAGACGCAUGAUAGAGCUGAGGAGGGCGGGAUACAACACUGAGCUUUCUGCCCCAUUGGAUAAUAUUCCUUCCUCUACCAGCUCAGAAAGAGAGAGUAUUGAGGAAAAUAUAUUUAAGAACAAAUUGACAUUUUUUGCCGCUGCAAAAGUUUCAUCAUCAUUUCCACCUCCUGACCUUCCAGAGAUUGCAUUUGCAGGAAGGUCUAAUGUUGGGAAAUCAUCACUACUUAAUGCACUCACCAGACAAUGGGGUGUUGUACGAACAUCAGACAAGCCUGGUCUCACUCAGACUAUUAAUUUCUUCAAUCUAGGAUCAAAGCUCUCCUUGGUUGAUUUGCCUGGAUAUGGUUUUGCUUAUGCUAAAGAAGAAGUUAAGGAUGCUUGGGUGGAGCUUGUAAAGGAGUAUGUUUCCACAAGAGUUGGUCUAAAACGAGUGUGUUUACUUAUUGAUACAAAGUGGGGAAUGAAGCCAAGGGAUCAUGAACUCAUUGACUUGAUGGAAAGAGCUCAGACUAAAUAUCAGAUUUUAUUAACGAAGACAGAUACGGUUUUCCCGAUUGAUGUGGCACGUCGUGCAAUGCAAAUUGAAGAGAGACUGAAAGCAAAUAAGUCUUUGGUCCAACCUGCGGUGAUGGUGAGCUCGAAAUCUGGAGCUGGCAUACGAAGUUUAAGAACAGUGCUAGCGAAGAUUGCUCGAGUGGCCAAAGUCUAAUAUGUAGCCGGGCUGUGGCAUACUUCUAGUAUGAUUGUUUUUGCUUGGCAAAUGGCCUGCUCAUCUGCAAGUUGAAAGUCUCAAAUUCAUAGAGAUGCCUUUGGUGCAGAUUUGUUCGCCUGCACAGAUUGACCAGGACUCGGUUAGCCUGCCUGUCUCGGUUGGCAGGAUGAUAAUGGUUGAAAGGUGACAAGUGAAAUGUAAUUGAUUUUGUAAAUUCUAGUUUAUUUCUUUUUAAAUUUUUUAAAUUGAAUGUCCUGUGGAUUAUAGGACCAUUUCAUCACAAACUUUUUUUUAUUUAAA